ACGCUACGUCGCAGCCUCGGAAAUGGCAAGUGGCAGAGGAUGAGGAAGACGGCUCUAAAGUUUCCUGCCUUCUAGUUGUCAUCGCGGCUAACAACAUCACAAACCUUCCGCACCAUUUUGUUUUUCGUUUUGUUCCUUUUUGACAUCGAUUUUCUCUGCGUCGUUGACGUCCGAGCGACCGCUUUCCGCGUGAAGCUGAAGUCGGAAGUAACUGGAACAAAAAAAAAACAAAAACAACAGAAAAUACGCCAGAAGUUUGUUCAACUUCAGCUGAGCGGUACAGACACCGAUAAGAAGCGAUGACGAACAGAGAGGACGAAUAUGACUAUCUUUUUAAAGUGGUGUUGAUCGGAGACUCCGGCGUGGGGAAGAGUAACCUGCUGUCUCGCUUCACCCGCAACGAGUUCAACUUGGAGAGCAAGAGCACCAUCGGAGUGGAGUUCGCCACGCGCAGCAUCCAGGUGGACGGCAAGACCAUCAAGGCUCAGAUCUGGGACACGGCUGGACAGGAGCGGUACCGGGCCAUCACCUCGGCCUACUACCGUGGAGCGGUGGGAGCCCUCCUGGUCUACGACAUCGCCAAGCACCUGACGUAUGAAAACGCCGAGCGCUGGCUGAAGGAGCUGCAGGACCACGCAGACAGCAACAUCGUCAUCAUGCUCGUGGGCAACAAAAGCGAUCUACGCCACCUAAGAGCCGUGCCCACAGACGAGGCCAAGAGCUUCGCAGAGAAGCACGAGCUGUCUUUCCUGGAGACGUCGGCGUUGGACUCGUCCAACGUGGAACUGGCUUUUCAGACCAUCCUCACAGCCAUCUACAACAUCGUGUCGCAGAGGCAGAUGUCAGGGCAGAGCAACUCCGACUUCUCGCCUGCGUCCAACGUCGUACCCAUCACAGUUGAGCCCACCCAGAGCUCAUCCAGUAAGGGUUCCUGCUGCCAGAACAACUGAGCCGGCACCACUGACCUCCUCCUUCACCUCAACGGAGAAACAGCCAGAUAGACAGACAGGCAGGCAGACGGGCAGGGGAAAUGGAGAGACAGGUAGAUGUACACAAGGAUGCUCUAACUGGGUGUUUGUCUGUUAUCUGGGUGGGAUGUGGAGGGUGGGGGGGUGUUAAUAAUGAGGGACAGUAAAUAAAAUUAGAAGAAUAGACAGGAUGUGUGGUGAGGGAGGAUUAGUAUCGGUAGAAAUAAAACAGGUGAUGCGCUUUCUAAACGAGCUUUAUCAUCAGAAUUGAUUCACAGUUAUGAAUUGGACACACUCUCUUAAUCUCAUUAAAGCUUCCUCAGAUCGUCACGAUUUACAAAAAGGUGAACGCUUCCUUUCUGUUUCUGGGUUAUCGGACUGUAAAACUCCACUUUGUAAAGACUGAAUCACGCCCUUCUGUCACCGCUGUCCUCAUUUCACCCCAAACUAAAAUGAUCAGAAAACGGUGCCUUUUCACGGUAUUUAUUGAACACUAAAUUAUCUUGUUUGGCUGAAGGGUUUGCUUGAUUUUUCCACUCUUUAACUGUAAAGAAAUAAUUGUUUUCCUGUUCAUACUUUUGCCUAUCUAGUCAUAUUUUUUAAAAUGCACGUGAUGGAAUUCGGUCAGUUUUGCUCCAGCAGUCCUCACGGAGCAAUAACAGCCCUCCCUAAGAGUGACAAGUGAUUUCUGAUGUCUUUUGAUCCGUUUGGAAGCCUCUCCUUCUCUUCACACCCUCCGUACGCC